ACGAGUCGUGACGAAGUGCGGUGCCGAGGGCGCACUAUGGCGGCUGUGGUGAAAUUUUCGCCGUCUGCGUGAAACAGAGAAAGAAAGAGAGAGAGAAAGAGAGAAAGAAAGGUAGAGAGAGAGAAAGAAAGAGAGCGAUCUCGUUGUCGCGAGUCGCGAUCGGUAUUUGGCGCGGUCGCCGAUCCGCGAGACUUCUCCGGGGAGCAGGCUUCGUCGAGGGGGAAACCGAAAGUCAAGUAACGUCACGAAUUCGUACGCGUUCCGCGACGGCAACGGCGGCCCCGAUGCGGGUCGCGCGCGCUCGUCUCAGGGCAAAUGAUGACUUCGAUGUUGCCCAGCUUUAACCCGCCUAUCGUCAAGCGGCUGCUGGGCUGGAAGAAGGCCGAGAGCGAGGACAAAUGGAGCGAGAAGGCCGUUAAGAGCCUGGUGAAGAAGCUCAAGAAGUCGGCGGGCCUCGAGGAGCUCGAGAAGGCCAUCACUACGCAAAGUUGCAACACCAAGUGCAUCACUAUACCGAGGCCUAGUCCGGGCGGUGUCGGCGACAACGGCGUUCAAGGUGUCCGCGGCAAGGGUCUCCCGCACGUGAUUUACUGUCGGCUCUGGCGUUGGCCGGACUUGCAGUCGCACCACGAGCUGAGGGCGAUCGAGCACUGCGAGUACGCCUUCACCCAAAAACGCGACGAGGUCUGCGUGAAUCCUUACCAUUAUCAACGAAUACAAACGCCAGUUUUGCCGGCCAUUCUCGUGCCGCGGCACAAUCUAGCCAGCGACGAGAACACCGUCCUCUACAACACCUCCCUCGAGGAGCUUAGCGUCAGCGUGCCGGAGAACACGAGCUUCCACGCGACGUUAAAUCACCAGCAUAAUCAACAGCAGAGCAUACCGCAGUCCCCGCAACAGCAACAGCAACCAAAUAAUCCCUACCAAGGAAUGCAGAGUAUGCAGGCGACGAGUCCGGCGAGUGUCGGAAGCCUGGGAAGCGUGCAGGGCUCGCCCCAUCCUGCUCCGGGUUCCAUGGAUCCACCGGCGGAUACACCGCCACCGGGAUAUAUCAGCGAGGACGGCGACAAUAUGGACCAUAACGAUAACAUGUCUCUGUCACGCCUGUCGCCCAGUCCCGUGGACGCGCAGCCGGUUAUGUAUUGCGAGCCCGCGUUUUGGUGUUCAAUUAGUUACUACGAGUUGAAUACCAGAGUGGGCGAAACGUUUCAUGCAUCGCAGCCGAGUAUAACAGUGGACGGCUUCACCGAUCCAAGCAACUCGGAGCGCUUCUGCCUCGGCUUGUUGUCCAACGUGAAUCGCAAUACGGUAGUCGAGCAAACCAGGCGACAUAUCGGAAAAGGCGUCAGGCUUUACUACAUUGGCGGCGAGGUAUUUGCCGAAUGUUUAUCCGAUUCGAGUAUCUUUGUGCAAAGUCCCAAUUGCAAUCAACGUUACGGCUGGCAUCCGGCCACCGUUUGCAAAAUACCGCCAGGAUGUAAUUUGAAGAUCUUCAACAACCAGGAAUUUGCGGCAUUACUAUCACAGUCGGUGUCGCAAGGCUUCGAGGCAGUGUACCAGCUGACGCGUAUGUGCACGAUCCGGAUGAGCUUCGUGAAGGGCUGGGGUGCGGAAUAUCGCCGGCAAACGGUUACCUCGACCCCUUGUUGGAUCGAGCUGCAUUUAAACGGGCCGCUCCAAUGGCUCGACAGGGUACUCACACAAAUGGGCUCACCUCGUUUACCCUGCUCCUCGAUGUCCUAAGUCUUUGCAUCCUCCUCAAAAUUGUUCGUUCGCGAUGGAACACGUGAGAGUAUCUUUUGUGCGUUGUCGUCGUCGUCGUCGCCGUCAUCGAUUGGCUUGUCCUUUCGUCGUACAAUACACGAAAAUAUAACUUGUUUACAUUUUCUCGAACAAACACACUGCAUAGUGACGCAUACGAAAAGAAAAAGGCAUAUAAUCUUGCCAUACGAAGACGCUAGUUGGCGAAAAAAGAAACGUUCAGGCGCAACGAUACCAAGUUUUUCGCAUCGUAGCAGUGGCUUUCUUUCAAAUACCGUGCAAUUGAGCAACAACGGGGCGACCACGGCGUAAACGCGCAAGCAAAAAAGUGCGAAAUUGAAAAACGACGACGAUCGCUGGCGCGCGACAGUAUAAAUAUCAUAGUAAAUAUAUUGAAGCUUGGUUUUAACACAUAUACAUACACAGACGCGCGCGUGCGUACACACAUACACACACACACACACACACACAGAGUUCAUUGUGAUCGAGAAAGGAGGAAAUAUGUGAAGACGGAAACACGUGAGGACGCGAAAAGACGCGGAUCUUUGCCUCGGCUCACUUAUAUCGCGUGCAUGUGCACCGCAAUUGGCGUACAAGAUAUAUCCAGGGUGAUCAUAAUCCGAGUUUAGUCGAUUCGUGUAUAAGUAAUAAAAAAAAACGAGAGUGAUAUUUAUAUAUUAUAAAUAUAUGUAUAUAUGUACCGCGCUAAUACAGAGCUCAGUCUUUUACAUAUUUUUAUUGCUUAUUAAAGCAGACACAACUAUUACAGUCGUUGUAUUACAGUAUACGUCAGAUCUUUACGAGAUAUAAUAUACAUUAAUAUAUUAUAUGUAUGUGCGCGUGUGUAUGUGUGUGUAUGCAUGUGUGUGUUGAGAUUUCACUACUACUUGAAUCUGGAAAGAACUUGAAUAUUUUAUAUAUUCGCUCAAAGUACACCCAAGUACAUACACACACACACACAUAUGCGUGCAUGCACACAUGUGUAUAUAUAUAUAUGUCUCAUUUCAUAUUUGUUAUGGAAGAUCACGAUAGCAUGAUAG